AUGGCUAAUACGUGUGCAAAAUGCUCCGAUGCUAUUUCGGGCAUCGAGUUUGUUACCUGCCGUGGUUAUUGCGGAGCGACAUUUCACAUGAGUACCUGUGCUGGCGUCUCACGCGCGCUGCUAGGGUACUUUACUUCGCACAAAAAAAAUCUCUUCUGGAUGUGCGACAACUGUGCCGAGUUGUUCGAGAAUUCCCAUUUUCGUAUGCUGUCAUCUAAUGCUGGUCUAUUGCCACAGCUGAACUCGCUAACUAACGCGAUCAGUGAACUACGCGGCGAAAUAAAACAACUACACACGAAACCGACUGCCCAAUUUUCGCCGUCUCUACGGAAUCGUUGGCCAGCAGUAGAUCAACACAGGCCCUUCAAGCGACCUCGAGAAUCAGAUGCAGCCCCACGAUCUUCGGACAACUGCACUGCCGGUAGUAAGCGGACUCUGGAUAACUUCGUCGUAGCACCCGUUACGAAUAACAUCGAAUAA